AUGGAGCGGGUUCGCCCUCGCCCUGAUCCCGGCCUCCAAGCUCCGGAGCGCCCAGCCAUUCAUCCUUCAUUUAUCCAGGUAGCCAGGCCGUACUUGUUCGAGCAAACAAUUCAUGAUUGUAUUCAAGCUCUGGGAAUGAAUCCCAUUCGAGAAGAAUCAUUGCGUUUGCAAGGAGUGUCAUGGAUUGACAAUGUGCGGAAAGUGCUCCACCUGCCAGUGCGUACUUAUGAUACCGCUACGAUGUACUACCACCGAUUUCGGUUGGUACAUCCUGAUAAUGAAUAUAACUUUGUGGAUGCGGCCGCAGCGGCACUAUUUACUGCAUGCAAGACGGAAGAUACGCUCAAAAAGUCUAGAGAUAUUGUAUGCGCCGCAUACAAUCUCAAGCUAUCACCAUCAGACCACCUGGCACCAGAUGAUCCCAUUUUUGACACCAAUGCUCGGGGAAUCAUUGGAUUGGAGAGAUUAAUGCUAGAGGCAUCUGGCUUUGACUUUCGCACCCGCCACCCUCAUAAGACUUUAUUCAAGCUGGCCCGUCGUCACGGGAUACCAGUGGAAGUCUGGAGCUUAGCCUACCGCAUUUCACUUGAUCUCUAUCGAACGUUCGCACCGCUCAAACAGUCGACGUCACCUUUGGCCUUUGCUUGUCUGGAACUCGCCAGUCGACUCUUGAAUCAGCGUACCGAGGCCCUAGAGUCCAGAGAGGAAUACGAGCGAUGGGACACAAGCCGAGAAGAAGUAAUGGAAACCCUCUUUGACCUGCUAGAACUCUAUACGCAUCACCGAUCUUCAACAUCCGUGGGACCGGAUUUCCCAGCAGACCAGUUCUUAACCGUCCGCAUCCCGCUGAAUCAAGAAGCCGCAGAAAACAGCAUUCCUCGAUUCGCAUUCUUCAUAGACCGACCCCGUGACCAGAGAUUGAGCGCUGGUAGUAGGAGAUCCGCAGAACCUCCUCAACGACCUUUGCACCCAUUGACACCUGUUGCUGCUAGCGGUGAGCGCCACAGGGCAGAUAAGGGGCGGGAUGCAGCUGUUCGAUUUAUGCUUGAUUCUACCGAAGCGGAGAAGGAGAAAAUGGAAGUUGAGGCGUACUUCAAGCUUGAGAUUGAAGAGUAUCAGGUUGAACAGUAA